UCGAACUGGAAAAAUGGAAAUCUACAAGCUCUGCACCAUCAUCACCCACAUCGUUUACGAGCCCAAGCACUUCCCCAAGUAGUGGAAACUGUAAUGGAACAUGCUUUUCGGCAGGAUCUUCCCCUAGCUCAAAUACCUCUGGCUCAAGUACAGAAUGUAGUAGAUCCCCAAGUAGCAUUGAAGAACUUACUGUUAGUCCCUUGGGGCCUAUAAAGAAGAAAAAACUCAUCCAGGAAAGAUGUAGGACUAUGUUAUCAUUGGUGAGUGCACUCUGUGAAAACAAGAAUGAAUCAAUUUCUUCACUUUUUGGUCAUACACUCACCCAUGGGUUAGAAAGUGAGUGCCAGGCAGUGAAAAACACCAUUUCAGAGCUGGUUCGUCAUGUAAUCAAGGUUAAAGGAACCCAGAAUACUCUCAGAGUACUACUAACACAAGAAGUGAAUGAAGAGCUGAUCAGUGGCAUUAGAGUUCCAGACUGGACACUCCUAUAUUUGAAGCUUCUCACAAGAACCCCAGAUGCCACAUGGCAGACCCUCCUUAAUGUCACACAUUUGGGAAAAAGUAGAUGAUACACCUCCUCUGGUUUCUAAAAACCAAAUCAAGGCCAUCAAAGCACUGGUUUUCAAGGUGACUAAGGAAAUCUAUAAUGUGAGGCGCCUUGACACAAAUUUUGAUGCUUAUGCUGUCGAUCUUUCCAUGGUCCUUACUUGGGCAAUCAGAGAACAACGACUGCAUGGUUCUGACCAAGAAGACAUGGAGUUCAACAUAAAGAUUGAUGGUCGUCCUCUGGGUGGAAGGAACCAGGUUGCUGUGGGAAUUGUACCUAUUGGCUUUAAGGGUAAAAGCUCAGAAAGUGCCCUAUCAGUGUUUCCUAUUGCAAUUGCCAAUUGCAAGGAACAGAGGCAUGCAUCCACCAUGGGGCUGAUGCAGAUGAAACCUGUGUUGACUGUUUGAAGUCAAAGGCUAACAUAGGAAGGUAACUAAGCUAAAGGGUGAAAUGAAAAUUUAGUUAUGACAUUAUAUGUGAAGGAAAUCUAUUUCUGUGAGUCUUGGUAAUAAGUAAAAAGUUUUUUUAAACUGCAUUUUACUGUACUUUGUGUUCUGAGGUGACUGUGCUUAAAGUAAACACAAUUUUUUUUAAUAUUAACGAUAGUGAAGGUGGUUUCUGCAUUUUAGUGAGUGCAUUUUAGUUGUGUUUACUUAAUACUGAGAAGGUAUUUUGUGUAAUUUUAGGUGAUGU